AAUUAAUAUCCAAAUGAUAUAUUAUUAUAAGAAUUUUAUUUUCAGCAAGAGAGAGAUGAGAGGUAGAGCGAGAGGGAGAGCAGACGGACAUCGAACACGGAUAGCACGAGCAACACUGAGUUACGGACAUGGGAGAUCACGAGGGAGAAGCAAGCAGAGGAGCUAUCGAUCAGAGGAACAGAGGAGAUUGCAAGGAGGGAAGUCCAAUACUGGGGGAACGUACAACAGGGGGCUGUAUAAACAAGCAACGCCAUACUUCUUCACCAACUUCCCAGAGGAGUGGAGUUAUGCAGAGAUGUGGAUGACUUUCCGCAAAUUUGGAAGGGUAUUAGACAUAUACAGCCCAAAUAGAAGAAGCAAGAAAGGACAGAGAUUCGGAUUUGUGAGAUUCUUGGAUGUGAAGAACAUAAAGGAGCUGGAAAGGAGUCUAGAUCAGAUAUGGGUAGGCAAAUUUAAGCUAUGGGUGAAUAUUCCACGGUUUAGAAACGAUGAACUGAACAGGGAAGAGGAGCAUAGCAAGAUACUAAGAGCGAAACCGAAGAUACAAAAAAGGACGUAUGCAGAAGUGGUGAAGGGACAGUAUGGGAAGGAAGUAGGAGGUGACGCAGAGGCAAAACAGAAAGACAAUGGGAGCAGGAGCCACGAGGGGGGAUAUCAAAAGAAAAUCCGUGCAAUGGGGGGCAAAUUGGUGCUGUUGGAUUGUGAUGAUAAAGAGGAACUGAAAGACUUGGUAGAGAUGGCAUCAGAUUGGUGCCAAGGAGUUCCUCUAAACGUUUGGAAUUCGGAAUUCUUUGCUGAAAUGAGUUAUGCAUGGGGGAAGUUUAUCUGUGUAGAUGAUAGCACCAGCCAAAAGAGGAGAUUCGAUAUUGGCCGAUUCUUAAUAUCAACGUCAAUCAUGGGAACAAUUUCUGUUAGGAGGUCUAUAAGGAUUAAUGGGUCCAUUUACAACAUUAAGUUCACGGAGGAGGAGUUUACCAAUGGCUUCUUUUCUCUGAAACAAGAUUUCUUGCCUACCUUCCAAAGCGACUCAGAAGAACAGGAAUCCUGGAUGAUGGAAAGUGAGGAAGAGGAUUUGGGCUGUGACGGUGCAGAAGAAGUUAGGGGUGAAAUUGGAAGACACAAGGAAGUUGAGGUUGAUGAUGAUGACGUGGCAAGCUACUGGGAGGAGGGCAACGGUAAACCUAUAGCUCAAGCCUUGAGGGGAAGUGAGAUGACAGUUGACAGGGCCCAAAAUAUCAAUUUGAAGAAGGCUCAAAUCACUUUAGAUAAUGGAGAUAUAGGCAGCCAAUGGGAAGCAGGGUCGGUGAACACCAAUAAUGGAGGCCACGAACCAUCUGGAAAGGGGUUUGAUAGGGAAGAGGACAGACAAGCAGAUGGGACAGAAGGAAAUAACGAAGGGAUUUCAAAAAAGAGCAAGAGGAGAAUCAGAUCAUGCAGCUCGGUUUACUCGAAAGAGGGAUUCCCACAACAAGUUCGGCAAGAAGAAAGAGGCCGAAGAGGAAGAAGGCGAGGAUUUGGGGAGAAUAGAGCACAGCCGGGUUUUGUGGCAAGCCCAACAGGAGAAGUUGCUGGGGAGUCCAUUGGAGACAGCUUUAUUCAAAACUGCAACAGAUCAAUCAAGAAGCAGUUGAAGAAAGAGUUGGCUAAAGAGAUAUGGGAAAUAGCGAAGCAGCUGGGAGCUGUGGCCAAAAAUGAAGAAGAAAUAAUUCAAAGGAUUGACGAACUGGAGUGCAGAGACAAUCGGGCAAAAGCUAAUCGUGAUAAGCAUGCAACCGAGCCGAGGGUGGAGGUGUUUAAGAAACAGGAGAUUUUGGAGGGUAAUAAUUUUAUUGGAGUAUACGGGGUCUGGGGGGAGGAGGAGAUGCCAGCUUAUAUUGUAAACAUAUAUUCCCCAUGUACUUUAGCUGGCAAAAGAGUUCUUUGGGAAGAGUUGCAGUGUUUGAUCUGUAACAGGAGGGGAAGAUGGUGCUGGGGAGGGGAUUUUAAUGCCAUUAGAUCAGCAGGGGAACGGCAUGGGAAUAGGGAAAUAACUAGAGAAAUGAGGGAAUUCAACUGUUUUAUUCAUGAAGCUGAAUUGUUAGAUUUACCGUUGGUUGGAAGGAAAUUUACUUGGUAUAAUUCAAAUGGGUUGCAAAUGAGUAGAAUUGACAGAUUCUUGCUUUCAAAUGAAUGGAUACUGAAAUGGAAAGAUGUGAAACAGUUGGGCCUAAGAAGAACAGUGUCAGAUCAUUGUCCUAUUUUACUGAAGAAUGAGAAGGUGGAUUGGGGGCCGAAACCGUUCAAAUUUUUUAAUGUUUGGAUGGAUCAACCAGGAUGCAUAGAAACUAUUAGAAAUUCAUGGAAAUCUUGUGAAGUGAAAGGCAGGUAUGGAUUCAAGUUGAAGGAAAGGCUGAAAUCCACCAAAAAUGCUCUCAAGUUGUGGAGUGGAAGCUCAAUGACAGCAAUUGACAAGAAAAUUUUGGAGGCUGAAGCAGAGAUUGAAGAGUUGGAUAAGAAGGGAGAAAAUGGACUAUUGACCCACACAGACAUAGAAAGAAGGAGAGGGUGCUUUUUAGAUCUAUGGAACAACUUAAAAAUCAAUGAGAGUAUGUGGCAACAGAAAUCUAGGAAAAUGUGGCUCAAAGAAGGGGAUGCAAACACCAAGUACUUUCAUAGAAGUGUAAAUGGAAGAAGAAGAAGAAAUGAAAUUUGUAGUAUUUUGGUUAAUGGAAAGCAACUCACUGGAGUGGCAGAAAUAAAGGAAGGGGUGGCAGAAUACUUCCAGAACCUAUUCACAGAAGAGGUAUGGCAGCGACCCAAACUUGAUGGAAUAGGGUUUAAACAGAUAUCCCAAGUAGAUAAUGAGCUCCUCAUAGCUCCUUUCUCUGAAGAGGAAAUUAGGAAAGUCAUUUGGGAGUGUGACUCCUCUAAAGCCCCAGGCCCGGACGGCUUCAAUUUUAGAUUUAUGAAAUCCAUGUGGGAUGACAUUAAAACCGAGGUGAUCGGAUUUGUAAAGGAAUUCCAAGAACAGGGCAGAUUAGCAAGAGGGUCUAAUGCCUCCUUCAUUGUGUUGAUCCCUAAAACCGAGAAUCCUCAACGAAUUGAAGAAUAUAGACCCAUAUCCCUCAUUGGUGUCAUGUAUAAGGUGAUUGCAAAAUUAUUGGCAAGCCGCCUCUGCAAAGUGCUUCAUAAGAUCAUCAGGGAACAACAGAUGGCAUUUAUCAAGGGAAGACAAUUGGUAGAUGGAGUAGUCAUUGCAAACGAAGACAAGGUGUGCUGGAACUUUAUUGAUUAUAUGCUAGACCGAAUGGCCUUUAGUGCUACUUGGAGGAGGUGGAUCCAAGAAUGCUUGAAAUCGAGCAUGGUUUCAAUUCUAAUCAAUGGGAGUCCAACACGUCAAUUUCCGGUCACAAAAGGCAUCCGACAAGGCGACCCUUUAUCCCCCUUUUUAUUCCUAAUUGUGGCAGAGGGUCUAAAUGGAUUGAUGACAGCAGCUGUUGACAAAGAGCUGUAUAAGGGUGUGGAGGUCGGAAAGGAUGCAGUAUCAGUCACUCACUUGCAAUUUGUGGAUGACACCAUUUUCUUUGGGGAGGCCACAGAGCAAAAUGUAUGGACGAUUAAGUGUAUUUUGAGGACAUUCGAAAUGGCGGCAGGACUGAAAAUAAACUUCGGAAAAUGUCAGCUAAUGGGCAUAGGGGUGGACGACGAUUGGAGAAACAAAAUGGCCUAUAGACUAGGCUGUAAAGAAGGAGAAUUCCCGAUCAAAUACCUGGGGAUUCCCAUUGGGGGGAACCAUAGAAGGCUUAAGAUGUGGCAGCCAUUGCUUGAUUCGGUUAUGAAGAAAUUGUCGAGUUGGAAAGGGCGGUAUCUCUCCCAAGGUGGUAGAAUUACACUUAUCAACUCAGUGUUGUCCAGUCUCCCCGUGUUCUUGAUGUCCGUCUACUUGAUCCCAAAAGGUACGCUUAAUUCAAUUGAUAAAAUUCGUAGGAAUUUUUUAUGGGGGGGAGAGGGAGUGGAGAGGAAAAUUAAUUGGGUUAAGUGGGAUAUGAUUUGCAAAGAUAAGGAGUACGGGGGGCUAGGUGUGAAAGAUUUAAAGAAGUUUAAUCUAGCGCUAAUGGGGAAAUGGUGGGGCCGGUUAGCAUCAGAAGAAGAGGGACUAUGGAAAAGAGUCAUUAGAGGAAAAUAUGGCGGGGGAGGGGGGCAUUGGCAGAAUUGGGUGAGAAAUGGAAUUGAGGGGGGAUCUCAAUGGUGGAGAGACGUCCAGAGGAUUAACAACCCUGAGAGGGACAAUGCAGGGUGGUUAGCAGAGGGGUUUAGAUUAAAGAUGGGGGAGGGUAAAGAGGUGAGCUUCUGGUGGGAUGAGUGGUGUGGGGGGCGCUGUCUUGCUAAUUCAUUUCCUAGAUUAUAUUUGUUAUCAACAGAUAAGGAGAAAAAAUGCUGCCAAAUGGGGAGAGAGCUUAAUGGAACAUGGGAAUGGAAUUUAAAGUGGAGAAGAAGACUGAUGGAAUGGGAAGAGGAGUCGGCCUUGGAGCUAUCAAACUUGAUCGAGGAAGUGAAAAUACAACCAGGACUUGCAGACAAAUGGGAGUGGGUACACAAGAGGGACGACAAAUACUCAUCUUCAUCAGCUUAUUCAUUGCUGCCAAAUGCCCAUCAUAAUCCAAAUGGAAAAUGCUUUAAAAGAAUCUGGAAUCAUAUUAUUCCUAGCAAAAUUGCAGCAUUUAACUGGAGAGUUGUGCUUGAUAAAAUACCAACCAAAAAGAACUUGUUGAAAAGAGGAAUUGACAGUGUGAGGGAUGAUGUGAAGUGCAGGCUCUACGAGGAGGAAGAUGAAGACUCAGCCCACCUGUUUCUGAGAUGCAAAGUAGCGAAAUGUAUUUGGAAGGAGUGUGCUAAAUGGUAAGGGAUUUCUUUAAGGAUGGAGACGGACUGCUGGAAAACUUUCGACCACCUUGAGGCAUGGACCAAGGAUAAUCGGCUCAAAAAUGGAUGGGAUUGCAUCUGGAGUGCAGUGAUCUGGUCAAUUUGGCUACUGCGGAAUAGAAAGAUAUUUCAAGG